AUAAUGAGAAUGGGUGCAGGUGCGUGGUAACCUGGCAACACGAGCAGCAUGGAAGACAUAACUACCAUUUAGUUAGUUAGCUGUUGUAACCUCAUUAGUCUGGAUUUACUUGCUGGGAGGAUCACGCCAGCAGGAUGGAUGUCAGGGAGGAAAACAUGACACCAAAGGAGAUGCUUGAGAAAAUAGCAGAGCAGGAUCACAGUCUGAGCCAGCAGAGGGAGCUGACUGUUAAAAUGAGGCACUGGCUGGAUGUUGCAGAUGAUGAUAUGGCAAUGCUGCGCUCAGACAACGCCGUCCUCAGGAAACAAGUGAAAACGCAGGAGAAGAUCAUCAGUGAAGCACAGCAGGUUGAAGUAGAGCCUUGCAGCGGUCUCCUGGCUGAUGACCUCGCUGAAAAGAGAUGCAGUGAAAAAAAGAUUCAAGAAUUGGAGAAGGAAUCCACCAUGAUGAAGGAACAGAAUAAGAAGCUAACUGAAGAGCUCAAGAGCCUCCAGCAAGACAGAGACCGGGACAAGAUCAGCUUGAGCAAGUUCAGCGUUGCACUUCAAACCCUGGAGUGUGGAAUGGAAGAGGCUCAGUUAGGACUUCAGAGUAGGGACGAGGUUAUUCAUCAGAAAAACUUGCAGUUAAAGCACUUGGAGGAAACAGUAGAAGACUUCUCAAAUAUCAUAGAGUGUCUCAGGCUGACAAGUCAGGAGCUGAGAGAGCAGUUGGAGGACAGACAGGAUGAGGACUCAUUCGCUAUUGUGAAAGACAUGAUGGGAGAUAAGGAAGGAUCGCUCAGUCCCUGUCUGUCCUUCGCAGAGGAAAUGAAGCUGCUGGGCUGUUCAGCUGAAGUGAAAACAGUGGCCCCUUCAGCUGAAGUGAAAACAGUGGCCUCUUCAGCAGAAGUGAAAACAGACUCCACAGACCUUAGACAUGAGGAAAGUGAGGAGCUGCCGAAACCUCCAAGUGUCACAGUAGACUUUCAAACCAAAAGGAGUGCAGGGAUCUUGGAGAGAGCCAGACAAUUGCUGAUGUUCGUCAUCAUUCUCACUGUUUUGGUCUGUGUGGUGUCAAGAAGCUGUACAGGAAACUUUUCCUCCAUCAAAACCUUGUGGAGCGGUGCACGCCUGAUGUUACAGCCCUACUGCCACGUGCAUUAUUGGGGCUUACCUGCUGUGUGAUCUAAACACUCCCUCUUAUAAACAUGUUAACUCCAUUUA